CGGGGAGUGAGUUGUUUUCUAACCGCUGUCAGAGUGCUGCUGGUUAGUCCGCCGGCCGUGGCGAGGGACAACAGCACAUUUAGCUCUAGCUAGAAACGCAGUAAUAACGUUGACUAACGAGUUACUUUCCCUUCACUCAGAUAUCCCCGUGAAGCAGAGGAACAUGGCUUCAUCCCCGGUAGAGUACAUGGUUGGAGGGGUGGAAAUACACUUCCCCUGCAAGGCGUACCCGUCCCAGCUGUCUAUGAUGAAUUCAAUCAUACAAGGACUGAAACAUGGGAAGCACUGUUUGCUGGAGAGUCCCACAGGAAGCGGGAAGAGCUUGGCUCUGCUCUGCUCGGCUCUGGGCUGGCAGCAGGCGGAGUUCGAUAAACAGAAAAUGGGAGAGAGUCUUUUGGAGAAGAGCCAGUUGGAUAUAAACAUCAAGCCAUGCCAAUGUGUGUGCCACAGCAAAGUCAGCAGUUGCGCAGCCGCAGCAGCUUCCCAACCCGUUGUGGAUCUCACUGUGUCACCUUGCAAAGAAUUGACACCGCUUGCAGCAUCUGAACAGAGCCCAUCCACCGAGACGUUACAUCCAAGGAAACAAUCUAUAGCCUCUCGUCUGUCUGGCAAGAUGCUGUCCAGCCUCAUUCUUGACUGCGAGGAUGACGACUUUCAGCCAGAGAGGAAGCGCUUUCGUACUGCUGAACAUCAGCAGCGUAAGAGGCAGCGUGUGGAGCAGGGAGUGGUAUUCAUAGAUGAUGAGCAGGAAAAUGACCCUACGGGUGGUCCGAGUGGCACUACGGAGCCAAACACAGCAGCAGAUGGUCUUCCCUCAUCAUGCUGCUCCACGGAGCACUGCUCUCUGUGCGCGUGUGCCUCAACCAAAGACGGGGCGAAGAAGAAAGUAAACGAUGGCAAAAAAAAGAUCCCGAAGAUCUUCUUUGGCACCCGGACACAUAAGCAGAUAACUCAGAUCGCCCACGAGCUGAAGCGCACCGUUUACUCCAAGGUGCCCAUGACCAUCUUAUCCAGCAGGGCCCACACAUGUGUCAACGGCAGGGUGGCGCCUCACGCCAACCGCAACGAGCGCUGCAAGGAACUGCUGGAUGAUAAAGAAGGCGGUUCAUGCAGUUACUACCAUGGUAUCGCAAAGAUACGGGGCAGGUCGACGCUGCACCAGGCCUUCCGACUCAGUGACGCCUGGGACAUUGAGGACUUUGUCGCACAGGGCAGAGCGCGCCGGUUCUGCUCCUACUAUGCUGCCCGUGAACUUAUGCAGGAAGCCUCCAUCAUAUUCUGUCCUUACAACUACCUGCUGGACCCAUUGAUCAGAGAGAGUAUGGAGAUCGACCUGGCAGGACAGAUCGUGCUGCUGGACGAGGCCCACAACAUCGAGGACUGUGCAAGAGAGAGUUCCAGCUACACUUUAGACCACCAGAGUCUGCUGAUGUGCAGGCAGGAGCUUGACAACAUGGUCAAAAAAAACAUCAAACCCUUGGACCACGAGCGACUCAUGGGGUUCUGCUAUAGCCUGAUCAACUGGAUCCAGGAAAACAAAAGCCUGAUGUCUGACCGGGGAUUCGAGGGAGCCUGUAAAGUCUGGAAUGGACGGGAUGUACUGGGCAUGUUUAAGGACAUUGGCAUCACUGCAGACACCUACAGCCUUCUGACGAAAAGCCUGGGAGCCGUGUUGGAGAAAGAGAACAUUCGUGUCAUCAAAGGUAAAGAAGUCAAGGUUGAGGUCCCAACCAUCAGCUCGGCAGCCACCACUGUCCUCAAAAGCCUCUUCAUGGUGCUGGGCUUCAUGUACUCUGGGGACAGCUGCAGUGUUGCAGAAGACUACCGAAUAGCUCUGCAGAAGACCUUCUCUUGGAAAAACCAAGUCCCACCUGACGCGCCUGAUGCCCAGGGCUUUUUUGUUCGGCCACACGACAGGCAACGCAACGGCAUCCGAGUCCGGACAGAAGUCCUGACUCUUAGCUUUUGGUGUCUCAACCCCGCUGUGGCCUUUGCCUACUUCAGGACGGCGGCGCACAGCGUUGUGCUGACUUCAGGGACCCUGUCACCCAUGGGCUCCUUCUCCUCAGAGCUUGGAGUGGACUUCACCAUCAAACUGGAGGCCAACCACGUGAUCGACAAGUCCCAGGUGUGGGUGGGCACUGUUGGUGAAGGACCCCAGGGCAGGAAGCUGUUGGCUACCUUCAAGCACACUGAAACGUACAUCUUUCAGGACGAGGUGGGCGCGCUGCUGCUCCACGUCUGCCAGGUCGUGGCCAAGGGUGUGCUCUGCUUUCUGCCUUCCUACAAGAUGCUGGACAAGCUGCGAGAGCGAUGGAACAACACUGGCCUCUGGGAAAAGCUGGAACGACACAAAGCUGUGAUCCCAGAGCCCCGCGGGGGGGGCAAAGGGGACUUUGACGAACUGCUCCAGCAAUACUACGACGCCAUCAAGUACUGCGAGGAAGAAAGAGACGGCGCGCUGCUCAUUGCCGUCUGUAGGGGCAAAGUGAGUGAAGGGCUGGACUUCACUGAUGACAAUGCCAGGGCCGUCAUCACCAUUGGAAUCCCCUUCCCAAACAUCAAAGACCUCCAAGUGGAGCUGAAGAUGAAGUACAAUGACCAACACUGCAAAUCCAGAGAUCUCCUUGCAGGCCAUCAAUGGUACGAGAUUCAGGCGUACAGAGCUCUGAACCAGGCCCUGGGAAGGUGUAUCCGCCACAAGAAUGACUGGGGCGCGCUAAUUCUGGUGGAUGAACGUUACGGGAAAUCCAACAAGUACAUCACAGGUCUGUCUAAAUGGGUCCGCCAGCUGGUGCAGCAUCACCACACGUUCAACAAUGCCAUGCGCUCCCUGGUAGCCUUCUCUCAAGUGCAGCGGAAGGUGCAGGGGCCUCCCGCUGCUGUCUCACCUCCAAACGGUCACCCGGGGGCGCGGGGUCUGCCCGAUGCCACAGAUCCUCAGACCCCCGCCUCAUGUGUCAAACAGCCUGAGCCCCAGCAGGACACAAGUCUCUUCACUAGUGCACAGGGGAAGGCGACGCAAAGGGAGAAAGCAGAAUGGUCAAAGGUGAAGCAAAGUCCUACCACAUCGCAACAAAAAAACGCUGCUAAGCCUCCGUACAGCAUUUUCACCUCCAGCCCCAACUGCUUGAAGAAGCCGAUUUUUAAAAGAAAAGCAGCCUUUGAGUCCAGGAAGCACAUGGAAACAUGGUGCGACUCAAAGCCUGAUGAUCAGCACCAGACCUGUGCUUCACAAAGGAAAGCUGAAGCCACUUGUCCUACGCAAGGGGCUGGAGACGGGGCCGUCGAAGUCCGAGGGGAACCCCACGAGCUGGCUUCGGAGUCUUCUCCAGAAACGAGCCCGCCCAGCUGUGAGAGGGAAUUGCCAUUAAAGGACAAUCCUGGCAAAGAGGAAGAGGAGGAAGAGGAUGGGAGCGAAGAGGACGUAAGCAUCUAUUUCACUCCAGAACUUUUUGAGGGUGAAGACAACGACGAAGAAGAAACACCACAGAAAGAGACCAAAUCAGCUCCCAGGGUGCUUUUGGUGGCAGAGAGCCCCACCCUCCCGUCAGAAGAACUCUGUGGCUCCGAGGAAGCCCGAGCUUCUGAUGGAAAGGCUGCUUCAGUCGGGAAGGAGAGCAAAGAGCUGCUAACACAGCGGCAAGCUGAGGAGAGAGAGCAGGUGGAGAAGAGCAGGUCCAGAAAGCCAGCUCCCUCCACCCCUACAGGUGGAGGCUGUGGAGCAGGGAGUGCAGGGAAAGUGAGUCUUCAGCCUACAGAGACCAGGAAGAGGAGCGACAGGGCCAGACUAGAUCAUGGGUCGAAGGUGAUGAUGGCGGGCUUGAAUAGCAGACCAUCCAGAGCCAGACUCGUAAGAGGAUACAGCUCCGAAAAAGACCAUGUUUGUCACCCACAUCUUUUGAAAUCAAGUGACAGAGUGAGUGAGUCAAGAAGGUCCGUUGUGGCUGUGAGGCAACACAACGCUCCUACGACGGCGGCUGCUACGCCUGGUACUCCCCCGAUGACUCCCAAGCAAGGCGACGUAGGGCGUCUGCAAGGAGCCGGAGCAGCACAACAUGGUCCUACGAGUCCUGUGGACGCUCCAGGAACCCAACUCACCCAACCAAAAGCUAUUAAAGUACAGAGAUCUUGCAGGCAGAAACGCAGGAUAUUUAAGAAGACCUCUCCAAGAAGAAAGGCGGUCAAAGAAGGCAAGCCGUGCUCUUUGGGCCUCUACUGUUCUGUGUGUGAGACGGAACUACUUCCUGAGGCACACGGUGCACUGCAACGCGCUGUUUGUCAAUUUGAGCAUCAAGCCUUUCUGACAAGAGACAGACGUAGUCCCGCAGCACCGAGCCGCCGGUGCCACUGUGCUCCACUCCAGCCGUCGGUGUCGGAGGGCUCGGGCCCACUGCUGGUGGUCCGGGGCCUGGCAUCGAGGAGGGCCCUGAGGGCCGCCCUGCAGCCCUACUGUGACAGCGCUGUGACUGCAUAUAACGCCAUCUGGAAUCCUGCGAAGGGCUCGGUCACCACAUUUCUGCAGUGCAAAGGCUGCCUGUCCCAAAGCCCCUUUCUGUCUGCAGCAAUAGUCGCAGCAGAGAUCCAGUGCCCUCGGGACAUGGCCCGAGAUCAGAUAGUGUUGGCCGCAGCAGCAGUCCAGUUCUGUUCUCUCAUCACUAUUAAAAGGUGAAGCCAGAGUGAGGAGGUCACAAAUGGUCUAUAAAUUAUUUGAGAUAAUUACUGACUAUUCUUUUUCAGCCGCAUUUAGAAUAUGACCCGUGUGUGAACCUGUGCACUGUAUUGU